CGGCCUCCUUCAUUGCGGUGGGGACCUAAUGGUAGACCCAUCCCUCUUCGGCGCGUCGUUCCCGUUCUUCUUUUCACAGGCCAUCGCAAUCACCUUCGAGGACGCCGUCAUUGGCAUCGUUGGGAGGAGCGGCGUCAAAUUCCCUCGACCGCUCGCCCAUAUGAUCGGAUACGCUUGGGCGAUCUUGUGGUUGUGUAUCUCUGCGCCGUGGCUGAUCAAUUGGACGCUCAGGGCCGGGAUCAUCGACACUAAUCGCAUACCUGUCUCGCUCAUCGACCGCGUAGCCCCCAGUCUAGUUACUAGUGCUGCUAGGUUUGCCGCUGCUACCCCAAUGUAUCCGAAGGCAGAGGCUUGAUGAGACGCGCCGAUCUCUGUUCGUGAAACACGCCACUGUACGAAUGCUGUUGUUUGCUGUCAAUAUUGUGUAUGACAUGGGGCGGAUGUCCGGUGUCAAUCUAGUUAGCUCGUGU